AUGGUAUCCGAUAGUUCUUGCGGUGUAAAUAAUAUUGGUAUGGAGUAUACCAAUAUGGGAAAGAAGGAAGAAAGCAGAUUUUCCGUAUCAACAGUGGAAAACGAUGGUAAAAAGAACGGCAUACAUAUGGGUGCUGCUAUAAUUACGAGGCCCCUACGGACAUCUGCAGAAACUGUGGAAAGAGGGGACCCUAACCCACAGCCAGAUACCUGGCUUCAUGACGCUGGUUGGCGGAGAAAGAGAUCUUUAGCUCAGCUUACGCGAGAGGCUCUACCGCGAAUGGAAAAUUAUAGGAAUUCAAAGAGAGCGUUAAAAAGACCCAGCCUUGGAGAAUUGCACGGUGACCAUCUUAUAACCGAGGAGGACGAAAAGCAAAGUCAAAGGGACACAAAAUCACCUACACCUGCCAUCGGAAUAAAACUAGGAUGGAUUCAAGGCGUGUUGAUACCAUGUCUGCUGAACAUAUGGGGUGUUAUGCUGUUUCUGAGAAUCUCUUGGGUGGUAUCUCAGGCCGGGAUUGGGUUGUCUCUCGUCAUCAUAGCGAUAUCGGCUAUUGUGUGUGUUAUCACUACUCUUUCUAUGAGCGCUAUUUGCACGAACGGAGAAGUUAAAGGAGGUGGUAUAUACUACAUAAUAUCCAGAUCACUUGGACCGGAAUUUGGAGCGUCAGUUGGAAUCAUAUUUGCGUUUGCAAACGCGGUAGCGGCUAGUAUGAAUACAAUUGGGUUUUGUGAUUCUCUAAAUGACCUAUUGAAGUCUCAAGGUGUGAAGAUCAUAGAUAAUGGUGUUAAUGACGUGAGAAUUGUUGGAGCUGUCGCUUUAGUUUUAAUGUGUAUAAUCUGUGCGGUCGGCAUGGAUUGGGAGAGCAAAGCCCAGAACUUCCUAGUUGCAAUCAUCGUAGGAGCAUUGGUCGACUUCGUCGUUGGAACAAUUAUGGGGCCGAAAGAUGCAACGGAAAUAGCUCAAGGCUUUGUUGGAUUUAGCGCAACAACAUUCACGAAGAACUUCGAUCCCGAUUUCCGGUACAGCGAGAAUCUUGACCAAAAUUUCUUCAGUGUGUUCGCGAUAUUCUUUCCAUCUGUGACGGGCAUCCAAGCUGGAGCCAAUAUCUCUGGUGAUCUGAAGGACCCAGCCUCGGCCAUACCUAAAGGUACACUGCUUGCCUUGCUCAUUUCCAUGAUUAGUUAUGCGGCUAUGGUCCUUAUAUCUGGGGCUGGGGCUUUAAGAGAUGCCAGUGGAAAUAUCACAGACCUGAUAAUGGCCAAUGGAACAGUGAUAGACAAUAGCGCUCUGUCGCAUUGUGUCAACAUUACCGGUGGAUGUCAGUUUGGACUUCACAAUAGUUAUUCCGUGAUGCAACUUAUGUCCGCAUGGGGUCCAUUCAUCUACGGUGGCUGUUGGGCAGCGACAUUAUCAACAGCCCUGACGAACCUUCUGUCAGUUCCAAGAUUGAUCCAAGCCCUGGGAGUAGACAGAAUCUAUCCUGGACUCAUCUUCUUCUCAAAGCCUUAUGGAAAGCACGGCGAGCCUUACAGAGGAUACGUUCUGACUUUCUUCGUAUCUCUCGUGUUCUUACUUAUAGCUGAUUUGAAUACAAUCGCACCACUGAUAUCCAAUUUCUAUCUGGCAUCCUACGCGCUCAUCAACUUCUGCACAUUCCACGCAGCACUAGUACGGCCCCUCGGAUGGCGACCUACAUUCCGGUAUUACAAUGUUUGGGUCUCCCUGGUAGGAUUCCUGAUGUGCGUGGCAAUAAUGCUUCUCAUCAGUUGGGUGAUGUCACUUGUGACAUUCGCGAUCUUCUUCACUCUAUACCUCAUUGUUCACUACCGCCAUCCAGAUGUUAACUGGGGAAGCAGCACUCAAGCGCAAAUGUACAAGACGACAUUGUCAAGUGUACACAACUUAGCACGUACAAGUGAACACGUAAAGAAUUAUUGGCCACAGUUGUUAAUUCUGGCCGGGAAGCCCCAGGACAGGCCCGCUUUGAUAGAUCUAGGCAAUCUCAUUACGAAGUCUGGAUCUCUCAUGAUUGUGGGUGACGUGCAGCAGAAGAAACUAUCGUACAAAGAAAGAUCAUAUCGAUUACGGGCGAGCGACGAAUGGCUACGAGAGCGCAAAGUACGCGCGUUUUGCGCAAAUGUGAACGGGUACAGCUUUGAGACCGGCGCACGCGCAUUAAUACAGUCUACCGGUGUUGGUAGACUUGUUCCUAAUGUAUUGUUAAUGGGAUACAAGACGGAUUGGACUACAUCUUCUGCAGCUGACUUGGAAUCUUACUUCAAUGUUCUACAUACAGCAUUUGAGAACCGCCUGGCAGUUGCAAUAGUACGGAUAGCAGGAGGUCUGGACUUUGGGCCUGUAGCAGAGGAGACGCCAGCUAGUGGUCUCACGGGUACCUCAAGCACUGGAGAGCUGCGUGUGCGACGCGGCCCACUCAUUAUGCACGCAGAUUCAGACCUUGAUAUACGUGGAGACUCCACACCCAGCAGCAGACAUAAUUUGAAUUUACUUACUUUGACGACAUCCCGUUCGUUUACUAUAUCAGAGAAGAGUGAUACAAAGGAAAAGAAGAAAGAUAAGAAAAUAGCAGAUAUUCCUCGAAAUAUAAUAUAUAAGUCAGCCUCCGGGAUAGAGUUAUCUAUGGAACAGUUAUCGCAAAUGACGUUAUUUAAGAAAAAACAGGAAAGUGGUACACUUGACGUUUGGUGGUUAUAUGACGAUGGUGGACUAACAAUUCUACUACCAUACAUUAUAUCUCAGCGUAGCGCCUGGUCUAACUGUAAGUUGAGAAUAUUCGCGCUCGCCAACCGACAUCAUGAAAUGGAGCUUGAGGAAAGAAACAUGGCAAACUUAUUAGGCAAAUUCCGUAUUGACUACUCUUCCUUGACAAUGGUGCAGGACAUCACUGAACCUCCCAAACCCGAAACAAAACAGUUGUUUGAGGACACAAUUCAGAAAUUCACUGAGGAAGCUAUGGGUGAAGAUUGCUUAAUCAGCAAAACGGAACUAUCGACACUUUGUGAAAAGACCAACAGACAGCUCCGUCUGCGAGAGUUGCUUCUGGCUAACUCCAAGGAUGCGCGCCUCGUUGUCAUGUCCUUGCCGAUGCCAAGAAAGGGUUCCGUAUCAGCUCCGCUAUAUAUGUCCUGGCUAGAGAUGAUGAGCAAAGACCUCCCUCCGAUGCUUUUCGUAAGAGGAAACCAAACCUCCGUACUUACCUUUUAUUCAUAG